AACUCGCUCGAGCACUUGUUCGUCAGACAAUUGUAAGUGUGAAACAUCCCGCAGCCGCGCAUCCCUCCAGAUACGCAUCAACAAAAGAGAAUCUUAGUUUUACUAUCACGGAGCCUCGUUGCCUCCCGAGUUUCUCCAACGCUACGGCAGGACACGCUUCUCUCUUUCCCGCAUUUAAACUCUAUCCAGCUGCCUGCAUCCAUUUCUCCUCCGUCCGCGGAGAACCAUCAGCGGUGGUCUCGUAUCGGACUAUUGGAUUUGGGUUGACGCCAUGGGGACAGAGGGAGGGGGUCUUCGCCAUGGAUUCUGACUUUUUAAACACUUAAUACAAACCUAUAGAUUGCGAAACCCCGUGUUUAAGUAGUUUUACGCUUUAGGUCGCAUCUCUUCCUGCCCUUCUUCACCGAACGGGAUGGUUCCGGCGCAGCGUCGCGUGGGGUGAGAAGAUCUUGCAAGACUGGGAAGAAAAGCGAGAGAUCGAGGGAUUAUGGCACUCUUCGCGCUCUGUCUUUUUAUUCUGACGCUCACCUGCACGAACUUUGACCUGGUGAUUGCAGCCAGGCAUGCGGUUCACUGGAACAGUUCAAACAUUCUGCUUCGUAAGGAGGGCUACACGGUGCAGGUGAAUGUCAAUGACUAUCUGGAUAUCUACUGUCCUCACUACAACAGCAGCCAGAGAGGUGUCGCCGAGCAGUACGUGCUCUACAUGGUCAGUUAUCGUGGUUACCGUACAUGUGACCCGCAGCUGGGCUUCAAACGCUGGGAGUGUAACCGUCCCCACGCCCCGCACGCACCAAUCAAAUUCUCCGAAAAGUUCCAGCGCUACAGCGCCUUCUCGCUCGGCUACGAGUUCCACGUCGGGCAGGAGUAUUAUUAUAUCUCCACACCCACUCAUCACCACGGCCGGAGCUGCCUGAGAUUAAGAGUGUAUGUCUGCUGCUCAACAGCAUCUGAUUCAGAUGAUGAGCCCCAGCCCACAGAGCCAGACUACACUCUAAGACCCAACAUCAAAAUCGAUGACCUCGAUGACUACGAUAAUCCCGAGGUCCCAAAACUGGAGAAGAGCAUCAGCGGUAGCAGUCCAUCCAGAGAUCGCCUUCUCCUAACUGUGGCAUCACUUUUCCUAAUCGCCCUUUCGGUCUCCUAGCAUCCACCUCCUAAACGUCGCAUACCAACGAGGCCUUGGGGGGGAAAAGGAAGGGUCCAGGGCCGAUAAGUUUGCAGAUAAAGACUAGGAAAGCAAUGGGAAAUGGAACACUUGAUGCUGCAGCAGCUUACAGAGUGUCAAGCACCAGCCCACAAUUCAACAGUGGUUUCCAUGUCUUAUAACAGCGACACACUUUGUGUGUCAUGCAGACAAUACUAAUACACCAUAAAAAGAACUGUGCCAUUUCA